AUGCGAACAAACAUCUCAAACGACUUUGUAGUCUCAGACCGAGGCGGCGUAAUUGAAAACCGCCACGCCGUCCACGCCGCAGUCAUAGACAGCAAAGGCCACCUUCUAUACGCCCUUGGCGACCCGACAAGAAUAACGCUCGCCCGAUCAGCCGCAAAGCCCGCACAAGCAGUCGCCAUCCUUGAAGCGGGCGCAUUCAACAAAUAUGAUCUGGAUGAUGUCGAUUUGGCUCUCAUGUGCGCUUCGCACAGCAGUGAAGAGCGACAUAUCACCCGUGCACGCGCGAUACUAGAAAAGAUCGGUGCGGAGGAAAGCGAUCUAAAAUGCGGUGGCCAUACGCCUGUCUCUCAGGCUGUCAAUCGGGCAUGGAUUAGGAAUGAUUUUGUUCCUACUUCUGUCUGUAGUAACUGCUCGGGCAAACAUGCUGGAAUGAUUGCUGCGACGAAGGCGCUCGGUGCUGACGUGGGGACGUAUCAUUUGGAAAUGCAUCCGCUGCAAGUGAGGGUUAAGAGGACUGUGGAUGAGAUUUGUGGGCUUGGAGAUAGGGAGUCGGUGUGGAGUGUUGAUGGGUGUAAUUUGCCAGCUCCUGCUUUUCCUUUGCUUUCUUUGGGACAGAUGUAUGCUUCUUUUGCUGAAGCUGUUGAUAUGGCUGAUGGUGAUGGUGCGGGGUCUGCUAGAAUGCAACAGCAGGCUCGAGUGUUCCGAGCGAUGUCCCGAUAUCCUGAAUUUGUUGCGGGCGAAGAUCGGUUUUGUACUAUCCUCAUGCGCGCUUUCCCAGGCUUGCUUAUUGGUAAGCUUGGCGCAGAUGGUUGUUAUGGGGUAGGAAUUCGGGCGUCUGAGCAGACGAAGCGACUUGGUGCGGAUGGCGGGCUGGGAAUAGCUGUCAAGAUUGAGGAUGGGAAUAUCGGGAUAUUGUAUUCGGCAGUGUCGGAGGUUUUGAACCAGCUUCACAUUGGGGAUCCUGGUAUGCGUCAGGGGCUUGCUCAGUUUCUCUCUCCAGAGAUCAGGAAUACUGUGGGUGUGGUGACAGGCAAAGUCUCGCCUCAUUUUAGCUUGCGUAUAGUUCAAUGA